CCGCUGAAGGUUGACGUCAUGGAUCUAACACUGCUGCUGAAAUCGAUGGGCCUCAAGUUGGAAUACAUUGACUUUGAAAAGGAAAAGCUGAAUGCGGACACUCUAACGGUGCAAAUCGCCUGCAAUAAAUCAGGCGUGUUGGCGAAGUUAAGCUAUGAUUUGGUAAACUGCUCUUGUCCGGAUAAAAAUGACAAAGAAACCUCUUUUUGGGAGGUGCAAGGGACCGGCCCAUCAGUAUUUUCAAAAUUUCGAAACGAUACCUCUUCGAAUCUCUUGCCGGAAAUUUCGGAAAAAUGCUCCAUGGUAUCUAAGGCUAUGCUAUCCAAUCUGCUGGAUUACUACCGAACAAACAUAAAAGCUAUCGAGCGAGGAGAAGAUGUUCUACAAUCUCCUUUGAAGGUAGCAACUCCUACUAUCUGUGUCACGAGCCCAGGUCUGACUAAUCAUUGCGCCACCCCGCCUGCAGAAGGCAAAGCUGCUGUCCAGGUCGAACCGUCAAGUAUUCCUGAAAGUCGACAAAUUAAAACAGCACCGGAUGGCACCAUGAUCAAACCCCGGUCAUUGGAAGAGCUUCAGGAAAGUCCAAAGAACACAUCUAGCGAAAAAGGCGAAACUAAAUCAAACACAUCGUCGGAAAGCGUAGGGAUAAACAACGCCACACGAGAGUUGUCCGGCCGCGAGACACCCGAGGUUCCAAUAAUGGUUGAACCAACUCUUUCGAAUUCCCACUUCCCGGACGACAGUUCCUUUGCCAACAGCGAAGCCAUGAAGGCGUUGAUCACGUCCAGUCCCAACGAGAAAGUAUUCGACUCCUUCCUGAACGCAGAACUGAACCAGGAACGGGACCUGAACGUAAUUCACUGUUUGCACCAAGCACGCCAGCAAAUCGAUGCAGCCAUGCUGGUCAUGAAGCUGAAUAACCCGUAUACGGAUCUUAGCAAAGCCACCGCCAUAACCACUACUCCGCAAACGGUGAUUCGGAACAAGGGUGCCGUUCCAAAGUUGGUGGAAAGGAACAUCACCGUGGCAAGGAGGAUGUCUCUACCAGGUCGUUCAUCGGAGUCUCCCCGGCUAGCCGCAACGAACACACCCGGUAUCGCAAGGAAGAAGCCCGCGCUUCCAUCGCAACUGGCAAAGACACGUGGCGACACUCCGCAUCCCACUGCAUCAAGCUACAAGCCCGUUUCAACGCUGAGAAAAACCAGCUCUUCAACCUCAGUUGCGAGCACCGGUUCCGUGAGCAAACCAAUGAGUGCACCAACGGCGGCCUCCAGAAGACCGGUCGGCGUAGCCAAACCCGUAGGAAGUGUACGGCCAACGGCGAGCUCGGCGAUAAAAAAGACUACAUCCAUCGCUAGAUCUGUCAGUGCGACGAAACUCGAUAAAAAGUGAUUUCAAUCGGCCGUUAUUGAAAUGUUGCUUUUGAUUGAUGGAACGGGAUAGUUUUGUAAAUUUCUAGAACUGCUGUGCCCCCAUCUACAUGUAUAAAUCGAAACGAAGCUGAAAAUAAAAU